GUGACAUUUAUUCCACCGGCCGCGACCUCACGUCGGCGUCAGGACCGCUGCGCGACGGCGGAAUGGCUGUAAAGGGUAUGCUCUCAGAGCUGAAGCUGCCUGUGCCCUGGGGCCACAUCGCUGCCAAAGUCUGGGGCUCCCAGCAGGCCCUCCCAGUUCUUUGCCUGCAUGGCUGGCUGGACAAUGCCAGCUCUUUUGACAGACUCAUCCCUCUUCUUCCAAAAGACUUUUGUUAUGUUGCCAUGGAUUUCGGGGGACAUGGGCUCUCGUCCCAUCACAGCCCUGGUCUCCCGUAUUACCAGGAAAGCUUUGUGAGUGAGAUCCGGAGAGUUGUAGGAGCCUUGAAGUGGAAGCAUUUCUCCAUCUUGGGCCAUAGUUUUGGUGGCGCGGUGGGCGGAAUGUUUUCCAGUAUCUUCCCCGAGAUGGUGAAUAAACUUAUCUUGCUGGACACAUGGCCAUUUCCCCUGGACCCUAAAGGAAUAGAGUGCGUGCCGACCUACCGGCGGGGGGCCAUUGAGCACUUGCUGCAGGUGGAGGCCUCCCAGAAGCCUCGGCAGGUGGUCAGCCCAGAGGAGAUGCUGCAGAGGUUCAUGAAGAACAACAGUCACGUGAAUGAGGAGAGCGCGCGACUCCUCCUGCAGAGAGGAACCACCAAGGUGGCCACAGGCCUAACGCUGAACAGAGACCGGAGGAUAGCUUUGCCGGAGCACAGCAUGGAUUUCGUCAGCAGGGAGCAGUUCAUGAACUUCACCAAGCAGCUGCAGGCCCGCGUUCUGCUCAUCAAAGCAAUGCAAGGAUAUUUUAACGUGAGAAGGGAGGAUGACACCAACAAGAACAUCAUAACUUUUGUGACAGACACGCUGAAAUUGAUCCUAAAGGAGCGGUACCAGUACAUCCAAGUCCCGGGCUGCCACUACGUCCACUUGAACCAGCCCGAGAACGUGGCUGGUAUCAUCAGUGCCUUUCUGCAGAGCAAGGAGACGAUACCACACCAUAUGUAGCCUGGGCCCAGGCCUUUGGAGACCCGAUGCCCACCACUCACCACCCAGAUUCCUAGUUCCAGGCCCUCCAGCCAGGGCAGUGUGGUAGAGACUGGCCUCACUGGUCUUGAAUGGAGAAUCCUGGGGAGUUUGGGGGACACGGGGCAAGAUUCUUUCAACAUCUGUGACUUCAAGGGGGAGACCCUGUUUGGAUCUGGGGGCGCUGUUCUGUGGCUGGCGGUCUGCAGGGAGCGGGGGAGGGAAGGAGCAGCCAGGCGGCCGCCCAGCCAGACAAAAAAUAAAACGGUUCUUGUGUGCUUC